GACUACUGGGCAGACACUCUCCAAAGAGUCCCUAAGCCACGGUCUCGAGCUCUCAGCCCCAAAGAAGGCUAAGGAUGCCGGGUUGGAUUAUCCAGAGGAGGCCCUAUGGACAACCCAGGCCGAUGGACGGGUCCGCCUGCGCAUGGACCCCAGCUGCCCACAGCUUCCCUACACUGUGCAUCGGAUGUUCUAUGAGGCCCUGGAUAAGUACGGAGACCUCGGUGCUCUAGGCUUCAAGCGCCAGGAUAAGUGGGAGCACAUCUCCUAUUGCCAGUACUACCAGAUUGCCCGCAGGGCCGCCAAGGGGUUCCUGAAGCGAGCACACAGCGUGGCCAUCCUGGGCUUCAACUCCCCCGAAUGGUUCUUCUCGGCAGUGGGCACAGUGUUUGCAGGUGGCAUUGUCACCGGCAUCUACACGACAAGCUCCCCUGAGGCCUGCCAGUACAUUGCCCAUGACUGCCGCGCCAACGUCAUCGUGGUUGACACGCAGAAGCAGCUGGAAAAGAUCCUGAAGAUCUGGAAGAAUUUACCACAUCUAAAGGCAGUAGUGAUAUACCAAGAACCUCCUCCUAAGAAGAUGGCCAAUGUAUACACGAUGGAGGAGUUCAUGGAGCUGGGACAGGAAGUGCCCGAAGAGGUCCUGGAUGCCAUCAUCAAUGCCCAGCAGCCCAACCAGUGCUGCGUGCUGGUCUACACGUCGGGGACCACUGGGAACCCCAAGGGUGUGAUGCUGAGUCAAGACAAUAUCACAUGGACAGCACGGUACGGCAGCCAGGCUGGCGACAUCCAGCCAGCAGAAGUUCAGCAAGAGGUGGUAGUCAGCUACCUACCACUCAGCCACAUCGCCGCCCAGAUCUAUGACUUGUGGACGGGCAUCCAGUGGGGGGCGCAGGUCUGCUUUGCUGAGUCUGAUGCCCUGAAGGGAAGCCUGGUGAACACCCUGAGGGAGGUGGAGCCCACAUCCCACAUGGGGGUGCCACGCGUGUGGGAGAAGAUCAUGGAGAGGAUCCAGGAGGUAGCUGCUCAGUCCGGCUUUAUCCGACGCAAGGUGCUGCUGUGGGCCAUGUCUGUGACCUUGGAGCAGAACCUCAGCUGUCCUAGCAGCAACCUGAAGCCCUUCACAGCCAGGCUGGCAGAUUACCUGGUCCUUGCCAAGGUCCGCCAGGUUCUGGGCUUUGCCAAGUGUCAGAAGAACUUCUACGGAGCGGCGCCCAUGACCGCAGAGACCCAGCGCUUCUUCCUGGGCCUCAAUAUCCGCUUGUACGCGGGCUAUGGCCUCAGCGAGACCACAGGCCCCCACUUCAUGUCCAGCCCCUACAACUACCGGCUCUACAGCUCAGGCAAGGUGGUGCCAGGCUGCCGGGUGAAGCUGGUGAAUGAGGAUGCAGAAGGUGUUGGCGAGAUCUGUCUCUGGGGCCGAACUAUCUUCAUGGGCUACCUGAACAUGGAGGACAAGACGUGCGAGGCCAUUGACUCCGAAGGCUGGCUACACACAGGUGACACCGGCCGCCUGGAUGCUGACGGCUUCCUCUACAUCACUGGGCGCCUCAAAGAAUUAAUCAUCACCGCCGGUGGGGAGAACAUUCCCCCUUUGCCCAUCGAAGAGGCUGUGAAAAUGGAGCUGCCCAUCAUCAGCAAUGCCAUGCUGAUCGGGGACCAGAGAAAGUUCCUGUCCAUGCUGCUCACCCUGAAGUGCACCCUGGACCAAGACACCUCCGAGCCAACCGACAAUCUGACAGAGCAGGCUGUGGAGUUCUGCCAGAGAGUAGGCAGCCGAGCCAGCACCGUGUCAGAGAUCGUGGGACAGAGGGACGAGGCUGUGUACCAGGCCAUUGAAGAGGGUAUCCAGAGGGUCAACACAAACGCAGUGGCCCGCCCAUACCACAUCCAGAAGUGGGCCAUUCUCGAACGGGACUUCUCCAUUUCGGGUGGAGAGCUGGGUCCGACCAUGAAACUGAAACGACUCACAGUUCUGGAGAAAUACAAAGAUAUCAUUGAUUCCUUUUACCAAGAGCAAAAAAAGUAGUGAGGGGCUGUCCUGUGGUUUGUACUGAAUAGAUAGCUGGCAGCCUUUCAAGCACCCUCCUGAGCUCUGGGUUCUCUCCAGCCUGGGCAUGGGAUUUCUGGCAAGUCCGUUCUAUCCCCAGGUGGGGGCCCAAUACUGGCAUCU